AUGACAGAGUCGCCGCAUAAAAGGCGCACGUCCUCAUUCGUGAUCUGUCCCAAAGAUUGCAGAGCUUGUUCCAUCUGCACGAAAGAAGAUCGACGUCGAUAGCUGAGCAAGGCAAAGCAAGAAGUCAUAACUCAUUGGAAAUAACUUAGGUCUGAGUUUGGCAGAGAAUCACAACAGACAUGAAGCUUCUUAUUACCAUCGCGCUGCUAUGUGUAACGUUACCCGCCCUGGAUGCACUGUCCUGCUUGAGUUGCGACAUGUUCGAGUGCCCGCCUCCGCCUAAGGACUGCAAGGGGGGGCUCGCCAAGGAUAUCUGUGGAUGCUGCAAGGUGUGUGCUAAGGUGGUAGGAGAGAAGUGUGGAGGACCAUGGAACUACGAUGGAACGUGCGACAAAGGACUGUUCUGCGACAAAAAGGGCGGCAAGGGAAGAGUGUUCUGGUAUGGGUACUGCGAGCCAGUUGUGGAACAUGGACAAGACCCUUUCAAGCGGCUUCUGAUGGACGUUAUGAAUGAUUAACGGUUUCCCCGGUAACCAGUCCCCGUACCAGUCCGGACGAGCGCCCCUGUGCAUGUCAAACUAUCGAAAACUUAUAACUCAAGAAUAGAAAAGAUUUAUUAUCGCGUGGAAAAGGGACAAAAAAAGACAGGAGGGUGGUAAAGGCUUGUUUCAGAGAUUUCAUUCCAUUCCAUGUUUUAUUUUACAUAACUUGAUACUUUGAGCCGUUUUCAUUUUGAUUAAGGUUACGGGGUGGCUUGAAGUUAAAAUUCUAACGAAAAAAAUAUUUUUGCAUUUUUAAAUUCCUUACUACAUUAACUUUAUUCUAGCAAAUGAAAAAUGUUUGGAUUUUAUUAUCUUCUCGAGAUAAAAAGAAAAAAAUCAAAAAAUCUAAUUUUGCUUAAAAGAUUCAUUGUAAUCAACAAGGUGUUUUAAUCCUUUAAUCCUCUUAUCACUUACUGGUACCCAGUGUUCCCUACAUCCUGGACCUGAGGAUAAAGAUAAUUAGCAUACUGUUUAUAACGUUCCCAAAUAUUCAACAGAUGGAUAGAAGAAAAAAGUCUAUGUAUGACUUCUAUAUGAAAGAUACUCUCCUUGA